UUCGCAUGUGCUCUCCACUCAGCGUGCAGCGCACAAUGGGCCAUGUGGCGCAACAGAGUUUAAUUUGAAAUUCCGCACCGGAAGCUCUUGCUGCCGCCACCGACCCUUGCGUGAAGGAGCGCAGCAGCAGCAGCAAAGAAGUGCGAGUCGCUGAGGAGCGAAGGAGAGAAGCGGGCUUGACCCAAACACGCAGAGAGAUGGUGUGAGACCCGAACGAGUCAUUCCAAAAGGGAGGCGGAAUUACAACAGUUACUGUCGUCACCCCUGUCGUUGUCAUCGCUUUUUGAUGCGGUCCUCACGGAACCGUGAGCUAAUAACGGACUUCUUGGUCGGCUGAACCAUGAAGAGGCUGCUGAGUUUUCUGCUGCUGACUUUCCACACCGCAUGGACGGCCAGGUUCUCCCAGGAGCCAGCAGACCAGUCGGUUGUCCGGGGCCAGACGGUGCUCCUAUCCUGUGUUGUUUUCAACUACUCUGGCAUUGUUCAGUGGACCAAGGAUGGCCUGGCUUUGGGAAUAGGAGAGGAGCUGUGGGCUUGGCCCCGAUACAGAGUGUUGCGUGUGCAAGAGUUGGGCGAGUACAACCUGGAGAUUCUGUCAGCUGAUCUGUCUGAUGACUCUCUCUAUGAGUGCCAAGCCCCCGACGCUGCACUGAGGUCCAGGAGAGCCAAGCUAACAGUUCUGAUCCCUCCAGAUGACCCAGUGAUUGACGGAAGUCCAGAAGUUCUUCUAAACGCAGGGGAGUCCUAUAACCUCAGCUGUGUGUCAAGAGGUGCCAAACCCCAAUCCACGAUCGAGUGGCUUAAAGACGGCCUGCCUAUAGAUGGUGCUGUUAGUGCGACUGAGUUGCUACCAGACAGAAAGAGGGUGACCACGCAUAGCUACCUGCCCAUCUACCCCAUCGACACAGACACCGGGAGGAACUACAGCUGCAUUGCGUCCAACCUUGCUGUGCCAUCUGGAAAAAGCACAACAGUCACCCUCAACGUUCACCAUCAACCAACUGUGACCUUAUCUAUCGAGCCCCGUUCCGUCCUCGAGGGAGACAGAGUGACGUUCACCUGCCAAGCUCAUGCCAACCCACCAAUCAUGGGCUACAGGUGGGCGAAAGGCGGCGUUGUGCUGCAGGGGGCACGUGAGAGCGUCUUCACCACCAAAGCCGACCACUCCUUCUUCACUGAGCCUGUAUCCUGUCUGGUGUUCAACGCAGUGGGGAAGACCAAUGUCAGCAUCUUGGUGGACGUUCAAUUCGGACCCAUCCUGCUGGUGGAGCCACAGCCUAAAACCGUCGACGUAGACUCAGAUGUGUCACUCAACUGCAAGUGGGCUGGGAACCCUCCCCUCAUUCUCACCUGGUUCAAGAAAGGUUCCAACAUGGUUCUGAGUAACAGCAAUCAGCUUUAUCUGAAGUCAGUGAGCCAGGCAGAUGCUGGUCAGUACGUCUGCAAGGCUAUUGUCCCAAGGAUUGGUGUCGGGGAGACGGAGGUCACGCUCACCGUCAAUGGUCCUCCCAUCAUCUCCAGUGAGCCGGUCCAGUACGCGGUCAGAGGCGAGCGCGGGGAAGUCAAGUGCUAUAUCGCCAGCACUCCCCCGCCUGAUAAGAUUGUGUGGGCGUGGAAGGAAAACGUGUGGGAGAAGGAGAAAGGUACGCUGCUGGAAAGAUACACGGUGGAGCAGAGCAAACCGUCAGCAGAGGGAGGUGGCGUCCUCUCCACCCUCACUAUCAACAACGUGAUGGAGUCUGAUUUUCUGUCUACCUACAACUGCACGGCAUGGAACGCCUUCGGUCCUGGAACCAUGAUCAUCUCUUUAGAAGAGACUGAGGAGGUCCCAGUGGGCAUCAUUGCCGCGGGAACAGUGGUAUCCACCGUCCUACUCUUCAUUUUCCUGCUGGUGCUGGUUCUUAUCUUUUACAGACAGCGCAAAGGUCGGCGCGGAGUCACGCUGGGUAAACCCGACAUCAAGGUGGAGACCAUCAACAAGGAGACUCACAGCUUGGAGGAGGACUCUGGCAGCGUGUCCACCGCCUCGCGAAUGGUCAAAGCCAUGUACUCGUUUCUCCCCUCUGUCUCCUUCUCUCCUUCCAAUCAGCCUUUUAAAGACGACAUUGAGUUGAAGUCCGACCUCCGCAGCGACACGCUGGACGCUCGCCAAGAGUACGAUCUAAAGGACCCAACAAACGGCUACUACAAUGUCCGUGCCUCCACGCACGACGAGGGUCGCCCGGCUUCACGCUCCACCAUGCACUACUCCGACUAUCGCUCCCCGACCGGGACACCUGGUGGCGCUGCAUCCCUCAGCAGCAGUGCCGGAGGUUCUGGAGCUACAGCCAGUGGGGGUGCGCCAGGCCCACCUGGACCCCUUACAUCCCCUGGUAGACCACAGGCCUGUUACGACCCCCGACCUCCCUCCAGACUGUCCCACAUCAGCUACGCCCAGUUCAACACGUUCACACGUCCUGGUCAGAACCAGCAGCCCCCGACAAACCCUGCCCCUACAGCCGGAGACUUCCCCGGAGACUGCAGCUUGUUGGACUCAGCUUCACAGCUGGCCUACGACAAUUACGGCUACCCCUCUCAUUACCAGACCUACCGCAUGGGUUUCGCCCCAUCAAGCUUGGCGCCGCUGGAAGCCGGCCCCUCCUAUGAAAUGUAUGGCGUGGGGUCUGCAGUUGGAGCUCCCCCUGGAGUAGGAGUCGGUCCUGGGGGGCCAACUCCAGCCGGCUCAGACACAGGACUUGGGAAGUACGGAAGUUCCACUCGCUUCUCCUACACCUCACAGCACUCUGACUACUCCCACAGCCGGCACACGCAGAGGAUGCAGACUCACGUGUGAGAUCUCCCCCCCACAAAAGUCAUCGAAUCUAUCGUCCGCAGAUUUACUCACCAAUGAAAAUACCACAGGACCCACGGGACGAGGAGUGUGGGAACCUCACAGACUGAACCAGGAGGGGAAAUUCCAGGUGACUUUAGAAUCUUAGAGAAUUUUAGAAUUGUCAACGAGAGCUCUGUGAGAGCAGACCGUGCAAGUCACAAUCAAGAGCGGAAAAGAAGGCAGAGCUUCAGAACCACAGACUUUAAGUUUUCGUUGUAAACGGAUCUGAAGGACCUCAGCCAGGGGAAGUCCAGCCGCCAUUUUGUAAUGUUUUGUUUUGCGGGUUCUCAUAGUCGACCAUCGUCAAGCACAUAUUUCCACACGGUAUCCCAUAAUGCCCCUGUGUCAUGUCAGUGUGGGGGGGUGGGAGUCAUUUUUUGCACUGCAUCUCCAAUAUUAAUGCUUAAGGCCCCUCCCCUUUUUCACCUAUAUGUCUUUUUAUUUGCACACCAAACCAGAGCUUUGUAUUCUAUUUUUUAACAUUACAGAAUUAUUUUUGUCUACAUUUAAAUGUCUAUGGACCAAAACGUUUGAGUGCACAUAGCUCUUGGGCCUUUUUGCUUCCAGCGGAGGGAAGGAGUCGUGCCAACAACCUGAAUCGCUCGUGGGACAUGGAGUGUGUUCAGGCCUUUUUCUAUGACAUCACAAGAGUAUAUCAAUGUAUAAAUAAACCUAGUGCCAAGUGUUCAUGUUGUUUUUCACCGUAGUAGAACAUGUAUAUGCAGUAGAAGCUCCUUCUGUUGGCGACUGUUGCUGUACAAGCAGGCUGGAGGGGGAGGAGCUGGAGAGGCUCCCGACUGCCCGGGCCAGAGCCUUUUUGACCUCCGACUCCAAGCGUGAUGGAGACCGAGAGAAAAACACACAGACGUUGGGUUGAGAACUGAGUGGCCUUAUAAGGGAACUUGUCGUAUAUUUCCAUUUUGAAUCAUUCCUCAUUGUCUGUCUGCCAAAACGGCUAUAGGAGAAUGUGUAUGGAGAGUUUUAAUGAAGGCUUGUCUACUAUAGUGACAUGAGUGUGCGUGUGCGUGUGUAUGGAUGUUUGUGUGUGGGCACACACACAUUGAUUUGUACAGUGUGUUUGUACAGAUGUGUGAAUGCAGUGUGCGUAAGCAGGACUGUUGUAUGCAUGUGUAUACAGUACAUGUGUGUGUCAGCAUAUCUGUGUGUAAGUUCCAGUAUAUGUCCAUAUCAUUUUGAUCACAAUCCAGUACUUUUAUACCUCUGGUAGGACUGUAUCCUGUAUUAUUAUAAUUAUUAUUAUUGAUGUGUCUUUCAAUUUAGGAAACGUUUUAUGUUCCUGUACUGUUCUUCGUAGCAGAGGAUCCUGUUCAAAGAUGACAAACCUAUCCAUCUUUUUUUAUUUCAUUUUCUUCUCAAUAUUUUUAAAGAAUUGUAUGUAAUUAUUUUUCCACAGUAUUACCUUAAUAAAAGCACUGUUCAUUUUUUUUAA